UCUCUUGGAAAGUGAAACUAUUCUGUUGGACGCUAUGGAUAAGCUUUGUUUUUUUAAUAGAUGGGAAUGCUCUUUUGUUCCUAGGAAAUGUAAUAAACCUGCUGAUGUUCUUGCAAAACAUAGCAGAAAUUUUAGAGUUAACAGGGUCUGGUUAGAUAGCCUCCCUGAUUUCAUUCGGUCUCGGAUAUUGUCAGACAAUUCAUUCCACUAUGGUUAAUUAAAUUCUUCAUCUUUGCAUAAAAAAAAAAAUUACUCUAUUUAAUCAGCUGUAUUUUUAAUCAAUAAUUUUAGCAUGCUUUAAGAUUUUGAUAUUGAAGAAAAUCAAAACGAAUGAUGUAUUGAUUGUUUUCCGAUACUAGGGUUUCUCGUCAAUCAUCUUAAUCAAGUGACUAAACUAGAUUAUUUUUUGAUGAUUGCUGCCUUCAAAUGCACAAACUGAAUGUUACUUGUGUUACCAGUCUUCAGGAUUGUGCUCACUGGAGUUCGACUUGGCAGCUUUAGUCUUCUCUCGUUUGGUGCAACUGGAGAGCAAACUUGGGCUAGAUCCAUCCACCCCUUUGGAAAUCACCGAGAUCUCUCAACGAGUACCUAUUCUGAAGUAGAGAGUAACGAGUAGAACACUCGAAGAGUAAAAAUGGAGAAAAAAACAGACACAAAUCAGUCUAUCAGAGGCCGGCAUCCCAACUCCGUUACGGUUUCUGCAUCGUUUUUAUUACACUCAAGCUCUGUUUUGGGAUUAGCAAUUACAUACUGGGUUGCUCAAAUUUUUUUCUCUAUUAAUCUCAUCUCUAAUCCAACUCAAACCCUAAUUCUCUUCUGGGUUGUUCAAAGUCCAAUUUUGAUCUUACUUUACAGUCUCUUACGACAAGAUCCUCAACAAUGCUCUUACUGGAAGGCAGUAGGGCGAGGAAUGAUUGGUCUACCCAUUGGGGCACUGAUAAUGACAUUUUGCGGUGUUAUGUUGGGCGCACCGAUUGGGAUUCAGGAUUUAGGAAAGACAAUUAACUGGGCUCUUCUCAUGUCAUUGUUCACCGUUGUUCCAACUGCUUGUGUUUUUGGGUCAUCAAGUAAAGAUUGGCAGCGUAUAUUUGCACAUGCUGAGCCUGGUGGAGUUAUUGAUUAUAUCAUCUGUAUACCAUCUCAUGCUGCUCUUCUUGGAGCCUGGUUUGGAGCUUGGCCUAUGCCACUUGAUUGGGAGAGGCAAUGGCAGGACUGGCCCGUCUGUGUCAGUUACGGAGCAGUAGCUGGCUAUUUUAUUGGAAUUGUGGUUUCUCUAGGGUUUGCUCUUGUGUUAGGCGAAACAAGAGAACUUGUCAAAGAAGAAUGACCUAAUCGUAGCUUAUUAUAAUCCAAUUAUUACUCUUCCUGUUGAAAUUCAUUUGCGUAAUCCAACUAAUGGGUAUAAUUGAGACACGUUAGGACCUCAAUGUCCGUGGAAAGUAACUUCCAAUUUUGCUGAAAAUGAUACAAGAUCUAUUAGGAAUACUAGUCAUAGUAUGUCUUGGUCUUAGUCAAUAUUAAUGGUCAAGUCAAGUCACAGUUUGGAUGACUUAAGAAUGUAAUAAAUACUCUUAAUUGUGUCUGAAAACACACUGUCUGUGUAUUGAGAAAAACAAAUUUUAAUACAAAACUUUUCUUCUCUUUAGUUUCUAAUAA